GGGUAUUGGCAGUGGUAAUAUUAAAGAGAGAACAAGUAUCAAUGAAUGAGUUAGUGGUUGUGAUGAUAAUGAGUAUAAUAAGGAUGCGUUUGAAAUUGAAAAUGUUGAUGAUGAUGGUGUGUUUGGUGUGGGUGGAGGUUGUUGUUUGUGGUGAUGAACAUGAAAUUCAAUGCAUUCAAAGGGAGAGGGAAGCUCUUCUCCAAUUCAAGGCUGCCCUUUUUGAUGACUAUGGCAUGCUCUCCUCUUGGACCACUCCUCACUGCUGCCAAUGGAAGGGCAUCCGCUGCAGCAACCUCACUCGCCAUGUCCUCAUGCUCGACCUUCAUGGUGAGAUUCAUGAUGAUGAAUAUGCUUACAAUUCAUAUGAAAUCUCCCGCUCUCUCAACUCGGGAAGUUAUCUCAGCGGAGAGAUCCACAAGUCGUUGAUGGAGUUGCAACAAUUAUACUAUUUCAACCUCACUUCCAACUCUUUUUACAACACACAUAUUCCAGAGUUUCUUGGCUCUCUCACCAACUUGAUAUCCCUUGAUCUGUCAUUCUGUGGUUUUGAAGGAAAAAUUCCAACUCACUUUGGCUCUCUUUCUCAUUUGAAAUACUUGAAUCUUGCUGGGAAUUUUCAUCUGGAGGCUUCAAUAAUCCCUCCUCAACUUGGAAAUCUCUCCCAGUUGCAACAUCUUGAUCUCAGGUACAAUUCUUUUGAAGGAAAGAUACCAUCCCAACUCGGAAAUCUCUCCAAGUUGCAGUAUCUUGAUCUCAGCUACAAUUCUUUUGAAGGAAAUAUACCAUCUCAGCUUGGGAACCUUUCAAACUUACAAGAGCUUUAUCUUGGAGGAAAUAUAUAUGGUGGUGAUGUUGCUCUCAAAAUUUAUGAUGGAGGUCAGUGUUUGUCUAAUCUCAUUUCUCUAACCCAUCUUUACUUGUCAUCCAUACCUAUUCUUAACACUUCUCACAGCUACCUGCAAAUGAUUGCCAAGCUACCAAAACUAAGACAACUAAGUUUAAGUGAUUGUAGCCUUUCCGAUCAUUUUAUCCUUUCAUUGAGGCCUUCUACAUUCAAUUUUUCUACUUCCCUUUCCCUCCUUGAUCUAUCCUCGAACACCUUCACGUCACCAAUGAUAUUCCAGUGGGUGUCAAACACCACUUCCAACCUUGUUGAGCUUGAUCUUAGUUAUAACCUCUUGGAGGUUUCCACAUCCAAUCAUUUUGACAUGGUCAAGAUGAAUUCCCUUGAGCACCUUGACCUCUCUUAUAAUAGAUUGAAGGCUGGGAUUUUGAAAUCCUUCAUGAAUAUAUGCACCUUACAUUCUUUAUACAUGAGUAAGAACAAUUUGACUGAAGACCUUCCAUCAAUUCUUCAUAAUUUGUCUGGUGGCUGUGUUAGACACUCAUUACAAGAAUUGUAUUUCAGAUACAAUCAAAUCAUAGGUUCCUUACCUGACUUUUCAGUAUUCUCAUCUUUAAAAAUAUUGGAUCUUUCUAACAAUCAAUUGAGUGGGAAGAUACCCGAAGGAAGUAAAUUGCCAUCUCAAAUGGAGUCUUUGUCCAUUAGCUCAAACUCUUUAGAAGGUGGAGUUCCAAAAUCAUUUGGGAGAGCAUGUACUUUGAGCUCACUAGAUAUUUCUUAUAAUAAUUUAAGUGAAGAGCUACUAGUGAUAUUUGAUCACUUGUCCGGGUGUUCCAAAUACUCAUUGCAAGAAUUAAACUUGGAAGGAAAUAAAAUCAAUGGUACGUUGCUUGACCUUUCAAUAUUCUCAUCUUUAAAAGUAUUGAUUCUUUCUGACAAUCAAUUAAGUGGAAAAAUUCCUGAAAACAACAUAUUGCCAUCUCAAUUGAAGCUUUUGUCAAUUAGCUCAAACUCUUUAGAAGGUGGAGUUCCAAAAUCAUUUGGCAAUUCAUGUGCUUUGCACUCAUUAGACAUGUCUAACAAUAGCUUGGUUGAAGAGUUUACCAAGAUAAUCCAUCACUUAUCUGGAUGUGCUAGAUAUUCAUUGGAAUAUUUAUAUCUAGGAAUGAAUCAAAUUAAUGGGACACUACCUGACCUCUCAAUAUUCUCAUCUUUAAAAGGAUUAUAUCUUGAUGGAAACAAACUAAAUGGAGACAUUCCUAAAGAUAUUCGAUUUCCACCUCAACUAGAGAGUCUAGAUAUGCAAUCAAAUUCCUUAAAAGGUGUGCUCACUGACUAUCAUUUCAUUAAUUUGUCUAAGUUAUACUUCUUGGACUUAUCUGAGAACUCAUUAUUGGCCUUGACAUUCACACAAAAUUGGGUUCCACCAUUUCACUUGAGCUAUAUAAGAUUGCAAUCUUGCAUGCUAGGUCCAACAUUUCCCAAAUGGUUGAAAACACAAAAUCAUUUCAAUGAUCUUGACAUUUCAAAUGCUGGAAUAUCAUAUUUGGUUCCAAAGUGGUUUUGGGCUAAAUUAACAUUGCAGGAAUGGAUUUCAAUGAAUAUUUCGUACAACAAUCUCUCUGGUAUAAUUCCAAAUUUUCCACAGAAGAAUCCUCAUUUUUCCCUAAUUCUUGGAUCAAAUCAAUUUGAAGGCCCAAUACCACCAUUUCUACGAUAUUCUAUGUUUCUUGAUUUAUCCAAAAACAAAUUCUCAAAUUCUUUUUCAUUUUUAUGUGCCAAUGGUACAAUUGAAACCUUAUACCAAUUAGACCUUUCAAAUAAUCAAUUAUCUGGACAUAUUCCGAAUUGUUGGAGCCAUUUCAAGUCAUUAUCUUAUUUAGAUCUAAGUCACAAUGAUUUUUCAGGAAAGAUUCCUACUUCCAUGGGAUCUCUUUUUGAUCUUCAAGCAUUACUAUUGAGAAACAACAACUUAACAAAUGAGAUCCCUUUCUCUCUGAGGAAUUGCACAAAGCUAGUAAUGCUUGAUAUGGCAAAAAACAAGUUAUCAAGCCGUAUCCCUGCUUGGAUUGGGAGCAAAUUACAAGAGUUGCAAAUUUUAAGUUUGGGGAUGAAUCAUUUCUAUGGAAGUUUACCAUUAGAAAUUUGUUAUCUAAGAAGCAUUCAAUUGUUGGAUCUCUCGCUAAACAACUUAUCUGGGAAAAUUCCUACAUGCAUAAAAAAUUUUACUUCAAUGGCUCAAAAUACAUUUUCAAGUGAUUAUGAAGGUCAUUGGUAUUUUGUCAACACCAGCAAUAUCAAAGGCAAUAGAUCAUACGAUCUAAAUGCAUUCUUGAUGUGGAAAGGUUCAGAACAAAUGUUCAAAACUACUGAGUUAUUACUUUUAAAAAGUAUUGAUCUCUCAAGCAAUCACUUUUCAGAAGAAAUUCCUAUUGAAAUAGAGAAUUUAUUUGGAUUAAUUUCAUUGAAUUUAUCAAGAAACAACUUGACAGGAAAAAUUCCUUCAAAUAUUGGCAAGCUAUCAUCACUUGAAUUUCUUGAUUUGUCAAGAAACCAAUUUGUUGAUUCAAUUCCUCAGAGUCUUACUCAAAUUGAUCGACUCGCCAUGUUAGAUUUGUCACACAACCAUCUAACUGGAGAAAUUCCAACUGGCACACAACUACAAAGUUUCCCUGCCUCGAGUUUUGAAGAUAAUCUUGAUCUUUGUGGGCCACCACUGGAGAAAUCGUGUAUUGAUCAUGGGGAGCACGUAAAAGGGCCAAAAGUUGAAAUUGAUGAGAAUGAAAAUUCACUUUUAAGUCAUGAAUUUUACAUAAGUAUGACAUUUGGAUUUGUUAUAAGCUUUUGGAUGGUGUUGGGCUCAAUAUUAUUCAAGCGUUCUUGGUCACAUGCCUAUUUUAAAUUCUCUCAUGUACGGAGGUGACUAUAGCUUAACAGCAUCUUGAAGACCCAUCCUUUUGCAAAUCAUUUGAGCAAAACAAGUUAUCUACAGAAAAUAAGCUGGAAUUUAUGGUUGUUUUAUAUUGUUCACCGGCAACAGGGACAUAUCCUUAUAUGGGUUUUAUAUUUAUGAUUUCAUUGUUUGAAGCGUUUGUACUUGUAUAACUUUGGUUAUAGUUAUUUCAUAUUAUCAGUGUUGUGCUUGUGAUGAAGUAUAAAUUACCAUAUAUUAUAUUAAUAAUUUACUUGUA